GCUCAUGGAAGCAGCUGCACAUGGAGAGAGCGACCCCAUGAAGGGGGUGUCCGAGAACAUCAUGCUGGGCCAGCUGGCUCCGGCCGGCACUGGCUGUUUUGACCUCCUGCUCGAUGCGGAGAAGUGCAAGUACGGCAUGGAGAUCCCCACCAACAUCCCCGGCCUGGGGGCCGCCGGCCCCACCGGCAUGUUCUUCGGCUCAGCACCCAGUCCCAUGGGAGGAAUUUCUCCAGCCAUGACACCCUGGAACCAGGGUGCAACCCCAGCCUAUGGCGCCUGGUCCCCUAGUGUUGGGAGCGGGAUGACCCCGGGGGCAGCAGGCUUCUCUCCUAGCGCUGCUUCAGAUGCCAGCGGCUUCAGCCCCGGUUACUCCCCGGCCUGGUCUCCCACGCCAGGCUCCCCAGGCUCCCCGGGCCCAUCAAGCCCAUAUAUCCCCUCACCCGGUGGUGCCAUGUCUCCCAGCUACUCCCCGACGUCGCCUGCCUACGAGCCCCGCUCCCCUGGGGGCUAUACGCCCCAGAGUCCAUCUUAUUCCCCCACUUCACCCUCCUACUCCCCGACCUCUCCAUCCUAUUCUCCAACCAGUCCCAACUACAGUCCCACAUCACCCAGCUACUCCCCGACCUCUCCCAGCUACUCCCCGACCUCUCCCAGCUACUCCCCGACCUCUCCCAGCUACUCCCCAACCUCUCCUAGCUACUCUCCCACCUCUCCCAGCUACUCACCCACUUCCCCCAGCUACUCACCCACUUCCCCCAGCUACUCCCCAACUUCCCCCAGCUACUCCCCAACCUCUCCCAGCUACUCGCCAACUUCACCCAGCUAUUCUCCCACCUCUCCCAGCUACUCACCAACAUCUCCGAGCUAUUCACCGACAUCACCAAGCUACUCCCCAACUUCCCCAAGUUACUCACCCACCAGCCCUAACUAUUCUCCAACCAGUCCUAAUUACACCCCGACAUCACCCAGCUACAGCCCAACCUCACCCAGCUACUCACCUACUAGUCCCAACUACACGCCGACGAGCCCCAACUACAGCCCAACUUCUCCAAGCUACUCUCCGACUUCACCCAGCUACUCCCCGACCUCGCCCAGCUACUCCCCUUCAAGCCCACGCUACACACCACAGUCUCCGACCUAUACCCCGAAACUCUCCCAGCUACAGCCCCAGCUCUCCCAGCUACAGCCCUACCUCAGCAAAGUACACCCCAACCAGCCCCUCCUACAGCCCCAGCUCACCGGAGUACACCCCGACCUCCCCCAAGUACUCACCUACCAGCCCGAAGUAUUCACCCACUUCCCCCAAGUAUUCUCCCACCAGCCCCACCUACUCGCCCACCACCCUGAAGUACUCGCCAACAUCUCCUACUUACUCUCCAACCUCUCCGGUCUACACCCCAACCUCCCCCAAGUACUCACCCACUAGCCCCACUUACUCACCCACCUCCCCCAAGUACUCUCCCACCAGCCCCACCUACUCGCCCACUUCUCCCAAAGGCUCCACCUACUCACCCACCUCCCCUGGCUACUCGCCCACCAGCCCCACCUAUAGCCUCACCAGCCCAGCCAUCAGCC